CGCAGAGCGAACGAGGCCCCGUGGCAGUUGCCUGGGGCCGGUGUCACUUCCGGCCGCUCGGGUUCUGCUUCCGGGUCGCUCCUUCCCCCGUCGGCCGCCGCUUCCUCCAGCCGCUUCGGGAGCUGCCGGGCAGCGGGAGACGCCACGAUGAGGCUCUACAGCCUAAGUGUCCUUUACAAAGGUGACCCCAAAGUGCAUUUGCUGAAAGCUGCCUACGACGUCUCCACCUUCAACUUCUUCCAGAGGUCCAGCGUGCAGGAAUUCAUGACCUUCACGAGCCAGCUGAUCGUGGAGCGCUCGGAGCUGGGCAGCAGAGCCUCCGUCAAGGAGCAAGAGUACCUCUGCCACGUGUACGUGCGGAACGACGGGCUGGCCGGAGUGGUGAUUGCAGAUAACGAGUAUCCGCAGCGGGUUUGCUUCACCUUGCUGGACAAGGUGCUGGAUGAAUUCUCCAGGCAGGUCAGCAAAAUAGACUGGCCCUCGGGAUCCCCAGCGACCAUCGGCUAUGCAGCUUUGGACGGUUACCUCAGUAAAUACCAGAACCCCCGCGAUGCCGACCCGAUGACCAGAGUGCAGGCGGAGCUAGACGAGACCAAAAUCAUCCUGGUGAGGGGGAUGCCUUUCGGGGGGCCGGGGUGCAGGGCGCCUGUUCUGCCUUCUCCAUUCCCCAGUGACGUUCCCAGUGCUGUGGGACCUUCCUCCCCCCUUCCCUCCCGGCCCCUCCGA